AUGACCUCUCUCCUCUUCGACGAGAGUAAUUUAGCGCCUUUACUUCCGACUUCAUCACUUUCGGAACAUCCAGAAAAGCGAACUGCCCCGGCCAAAACCAUCAACUACUUUAACUUAUCGAUGAUUGUCUAUUUCAGUAUUGGUGGAGGUCCAUUUGGAUAUGAAGAAUCCAUUUUAGUGACGAACCCAGCUUGGGCGUUUUGGACGUUGUUCUUUGUGUCGACGUGUUGGGCGCUUCCACAGUCUUUGACGUUAGCGGAGAUGUCUGUCCGAUACCCUGGGGGAUAUAAUGAGUGGGUAUAUCGUGCUUACAAUUACCACGUCGGGUACUUCCACUCGUUAGUUCGUUCCUUCUUUGGUAUUUUGUGUUAUGUUGCGUACGUCACUUUAUUCUACGACUACAUCAACACACUUUACCAUGACCUUAAUGUACUGAAAUAUGCAGAUUACUCCCCUUUCUAUUUUUGUCUCAAGACACUCACUUUACUUGUGUUACUUUCUCUUCUCGUUUUAGUGAAUUUACUUGGGACAAAACGCCUCUCGCGAUUUGGGUCGGUCUUAGCUUUCAUUGUUCUCACUCCCUUUAUCGUUCUUUUUAUUAUACUUAUAGUACAGCACAAAUGGAGUCUCCACCAACUCACAGACUUCACUAUCAUGACAGAACACCCCUCAAUUGCACGAAUGAUAAGCAUCAUCAUGUUUAAUUUGAUGGGGUGGGACUUUGUUGGGAGUGUGACGGAGCAAGCCAAAAAGCCGAAGAGGGAUGUUCCUCUUGGGAUGUUAUUAGCGUUAGGGUUAGUGAUAAUCACUUAUGUCAUCCCAACACUGGACUUGAUCUUCACGUUCGACUUCUCGAAGAACCCAAAUGAUCGAGACUCUCCUUAUAAUGUCAAAGAACCCCUUUAUUUCGUGAUGGCUAAAAAGACCUUUGAACCAUUAGGGUUUGUGAUUAUAAUAGCCACAUUCUGCUCGAUGUUUGGACUCUCCGCGAUGUUUCUUCAGACGUCUUCACAGGCGUUGGUUCAUGCAAGUGACUUCAAAUUUGUGCCUCAAGUUUUUGGAACAACAACAAAUGGAGUCCCACUGUUUGCACUACUUUUUCAAAGCGUCAUGUCAUUCUUCAUCGCACUUUUUGUGACAUUCGACAUGGUUGUGUCACUCCAGAUGUGGGUGCUCAGUGUUUCCACAAUAAUCAUUAUGUUGGGGUAUUUGAUCAUACGGUGGAAGGACUUCGUGUACAAGAGGAAGAUCCGGUCGAAGUUCUAUUUACCAGUCCACCCAUUAGUACUCACCUUCUUUGUGUUUCCCACAAUCGGAUUUUCGAUGUUCGAGUUGGUCUAUAAAGAAGGGGAAUGGAUCAUCAUUUUCAUAGGAAUCGCUAUUUUAGUAUUUUGUGAAUUGGUCACCCUCACUGUCCUUUAUUACAGGAGGAGGAACGUUACUGUCAUCAAUAGCGAUGUAUUGGUCAAGGAGUUGUAG